UGAACGUUCUAGACGAUGGAGGGGACGUGCCUUGAAUUUUUUGUGAUCGCUGCAAGGUUUUUUUGUUGUUGUUGCUGUCGUGUCGUGUCUGGAUUUCCUGUUACGAGGCGCCUCUCCAAACCCCAAGUGACCGACAGAGCCGAAGCCCUUCUCAGGAUAACGACCCGCGCUUUUCGGGAGGCCAGAAUGAGCCCGAUCCUAUCCGAAAUGGACAAUUACAACAUCAACAAGGGGGGGGUCCUGCUGGAGCCGUUCGUGCACCAAGUGGGGGGCCACACGUGCGUCCUCCGCUUCAACGACGCCACCAUCUGCAAGCCGCUCAUCAAACGCGAGCAUCAGGUCUACGAGAGCCUGCCGCUCGACAUCGCGGGCUUCGUGCCACAGUACAAAGGCAUCGUCUCGGUCAGUUUCGAGGAGGACGAGGAAGGAAAGACGAGCCUCAUCGCCUACCCGCAGACUGAGGGAGAGGAGGCCGCGGGCGGUCGCUACGAGCGCAAGUACUCGCUCGAGUGCGGGCAGCCCAAGCGCAAGCAGCCGCGCUGGGACAACAACAAUUGCAAUGGUGGCGGCGCCGUGCCCUCGCCGUCUGGCAACUCCGAACAGCAGCCGCACACCGACGCCGGCAAGCAGAAGUCCUCCUCGGUGGAGAAAAGGAGGCAGGAGAAGUCUUGUGAGGUUGGUGUGAAGUCGGAGGUGGCGUACUACAAGCGGGACUCCAGCUCGGAGAACCUGCCAGCGGAGACGCGCGGGAACCCCUGGAGCAUGGAGUGCCACCAGCAGCAGCUGCAGCGCAUGAAGGACAAUUCAAAGCACAAGAACCAAUACAGAUUCCUUCUGCUGGAGAACCUGGUGUCUGCGUACAAGUGGCCGUGCAUCCUGGACCUCAAGAUGGGCACGCGGCAGCACGGUGAUGACGCAUCCGAGGAGAAGCAGGCGCGGCAGACGCACAAGUGUCAGCAGAGCACAUCGGCCGUCCUGGGCGUGCGCGUGUGUGGCAUGCAGGUGUACAGGGUAGACGCUGCUCAACACAUGUUCAUGAACAAGUACAUCGGGCGCAAGCUGUCGGUGAACGGCUUCAAGGAGACGCUGACCCAGUUCUUCCACAACGGACAGCGCCUGAGGAAGGACCUUUUGGAGCCCGUCCUGCGCAAGCUCUCGGAGCUCAGGGUGGCGCUGGAGCGCCAGGACUCGUACCGCUUCUACUCCAGCUCCCUGCUCAUCAUCUACGAGGGCCAGGAGUGCUGGACGUCGAACUCUGAGGCCAACGAUAGCGCAGGGGAGGAACCCGGUUGCGACGGCGCCGGCGUGAACGAGGCGGUGAAGGUGGACGUGCGCAUGAUCGACUUCGCGCACACGACGUGCCAGCAGUUCACGGACGACUCCGUGGCCUACGAGGGGCCGGACUCCGAUUACAUCUUCGGGCUGCGCAACCUCAUCCACAUCCUCAAACAAAUCAAGCACGAGCACGAGAACGUGGGCCCCAGCAGCUCUGUGCACGAGGAGGAGAGUGGCGAUUGAAGAAGGCGCUCUUUCGCCACCGUGCGUGGUUUUUGAAGCGUGAAUUGUCGUUGAUCCUGACGCACAGGAGAGGAAGAAAAAAAAGCGUUGGCGCAGACGGCGCCGUUGACUCUGGUGUUGAGUCGCUCCACCAGCAAAGUAGCGGGGAGUUGUUCUUUAAAACCUUGUUGGAUGUCGGACCCUUUGCUUUCCGGAUAGACUCGUACAAUUUUCAGAGCUGUCACCAGCGGUAUAUUUAUUUGGACAACGUAAAGGAGUUAAAGCAAAAAAACAACAACUUUGGGAUCGCGUGCGAAGAAGAUGUGCAGAUGACGUUUGAGAACACUUAGUAAAUGGCUCUUAUAAACUGUUGACAUUGUUGGUUCUUAAUUUCAGAAUUGUUUCAGAAAGGCAUGGACUCGGAUGAAUGCAUUUUAUACGUGUUAUCAGAAGAAACACUUGACAUGAAGGUUGACUGCGGGCUGCAAGAUGCAUACUGUUCCUGCUGGUUCAUUUCUGAUGAACAAGUUGAUGAAACGGUCACGAAUUGGAUUAUUUUUUCGCAUUUCACAAUGAAAACUUGAGCUUUAAAGGGUUACAUUUUUAUCCUGAGAGGUUGAACUCUGCGAGAUUACAAUGGCAUUCUGAGAAUGUAUAUUGCAGUUUAUUCUUCCUAUAUAUAUCUCUCAGCCUGAGAGGCAUGUUCGUCUUAUAUAGAGUGUUACUUAAAUUAAGGAGACUUUUCCGGUCUUGGAAGUGAGGACACUAAAAAGAGGGACCAAAAGUUAAAUGUUAUUCAAACGAAGCGAUGUUGUGUUUACAAUGAUGUUUUCGAUGGAGCGGGCAGUCUCCAGCAUUUUUUUUUGUCGUUGCAUCGCAAAUGUUUGCACUUCCCUGUUUUCUCGCACACCCGUUGUAAACGUGGAAUAUAAGCCGAUAUAUAUUCCAUUUGCAUAUUUAUUUAUAUCGUGUAAAAGGGUGAUGUUUAUUGAGGAAUGGGGGGGGGGGGGGCUAAGACACAGGUGUCUGACCUUCCGUGAAAAUUUGGAGUGAUCGUGAUCGUAUAUAUUGAAGUUCUCUAUAUAAUAAAGAAAACCGCAGUA